UCAUUCCGCAGCUAGAGCAGGCCUGGGCCUGGGCAAACACGAGGGAGGCUCCAGGGGUUUUGGACUUCAACUCCCACCGUGACUCACAGCCUCAGGCCCGCUUAAGCGGCUGAGGGGGAAAAGGAAAGGGCCUGAGGCUGUGAGGCAUGGUGGGAGUUCAAGUCCAAAACCCCUGGCGGGAGGGCCCAAGUUUGCAGGCUUCCACCUCUUGCAAAGCGGCGUCACUCCCCUUCCGUGGCGGGCGCCUCCUCUGACGCCGGAGGAGCGACGAAAGCGAAAGGGGGAGCCUGUCUCCUGCUGCAGGCCCCUCGCCCUCUCCCUCGCCCUGGGGCGGCGCGGCCCGGGCCGGAAAGGGCUCCUGCGGGGGGCGGUGAGGGGCGAGGGCCCCCCUGCUCCGCUGGGAUGAGCCCCGGCCCCGCCGCGCGCCGCCUCCUCCACCGCCUCCUCUUCCUGCCCCGCCGCCCGGGAGCCAGCCCGCCUCCCCGGCCUCGCAGAACGAUAUUCCUGAGAACAGCCUUAGCCAUGGCCACAGGAGGGAAGGAUAGCCAUUCCAGUGCUCUCCACACUAAUCGUCUGGUUCAUGAGAAGUCUCCUUACCUCCUUCAACAUGCCCAUAAUCCUGUUGACUGGUACCCAUGGGGCCAGGAAGCCUUCGAUAAAGCAAAGAAAGAGGAUAAGUUGAUUUUUUUGUCAGUUGGCUAUUCAACCUGCCAUUGGUGCCACGUGAUGGAGCAUGAGUCCUUCCAAAAUGAAGAGAUUGCUCAAAUUUUGAAUGAGAACUUUGUGUCCAUCAAGGUGGAUCGUGAGGAGCGGCCAGAUGUGGACAAAGUUUACAUGACCUUUGUGCAGGCAACCAGCAGUGGAGGGGGCUGGCCAAUGAGUGUAUGGCUGACUCCUGACCUCAAACCAUUUGUAGGGGGGACCUAUUUUCCUCCUGAGGAUGGCAUUUACCAAGUUGGCUUUCGGACUGUUUUGAUCCGCAUCCUAGAGCAGUGGAAACGGAACAGAGCUGCACUUUUGGAAAACAGCCAGAAAAUCUUGUCUGCACUGUUAGCCAGGGUGGAUGUUGGUGUCCGAGGGGAGGAAAUACCUCCUUCUUUGAAGGAGGUGAUGAGCAGAUGUUUCCAGCAACUCUCAGAGUCCUAUGAUGAAGAAUAUGGUGGAUUCUCAGAGACUCCCAAGUUCCCAACUCCAGUUAACAUGAAUUUCCUCUUCUCCUAUUGGGCUCUUCAUCGAUCCACUUCUGAAGGAGCUCGUGCUCUUCAGAUGGCCUUGCACACACUCAAGAUGAUGGCAUAUGGUGGCAUUCAUGAUCAUAUUGCUCAGGGCUUCCAUCGCUACUCCACUGACCAACGUUGGCAUGUCCCUCACUUUGAGAAGAUGCUAUAUGAUCAAGGGCAACUGGCAGUAGUUUUUGCCAAGGCAUUUCAGAUUUCUGGCGAUGAAUUCUUUGCAGACAUUGUGGCUGAUAUUUUGCUGUAUGCUUCCCGGGACCUGAGUGACAAGUCUGGGGGAUUCUACAGUGCAGAAGAUGCAGAUUCCUACCCCACUGCCAAAUCAGAGAAGAAGCAAGAAGGGGCAUUCUGUGUGUGGACAGCCGAGGAAAUCAGGCACCUCCUGCCAGACCUCAUUGAAGGGAGCCCUGAGAGAAAGAGCGUGGCAGAUGUCUUUAUGCACCACUAUGGGGUUAAAGAAGAUGGCAAUGUGAACCCAAUGAAGGACCCUCACAAUGAGCUGAAAGGCAAAAAUGUCCUGAUUGUGCAGUAUUCCCUGGAACUUACAGCUGCCCGUUUUGGACUGGGGCUGGAGCAGCUGAAGACAAUGCUUGUCAAAAGCAGAGAUCAGCUGUAUAAGGCACGGGCCCAGCGGCCCCGGCCCCAUCUGGACACCAAGAUGCUGGCCUCCUGGAAUGGGUUGAUGAUCUCUGGCUUUGCUCAGAGUGGAGCCAUCUUGGGUAAGAAGGAGUAUGUUGACCGGGCUGUGAACACAGCUGACUUCUUGCGGAACUACAUGUUUAAUGCCAGCAAUGGAAAACUGCUGAGAAGCUGCUACCAGGGAAAAGAGAACUCAGUAGACAAGAGUUCUGUUCCCAUCCAUGGCUUCCUGGAGGAUUAUGUUUUUGUAAUCCAAGCCCUUUUCGACCUUUAUGAGGCCUCGCUGAACCCGAGUUGGUUGGAGUGGGCCGUGCAGCUGCAGCACAAGCAGGAUGAGCUCUUCUGGGAUCCAAAAGGGUUUGCCUACUUCACCACAGAGGCUUCUGACCCUUCCUUGCUCCUCCGUAUGAAAGAUGAUCAAGAUGGUGCAGAACCCAGCCCCAACUCUGUUGCUGUCAGUAACCUGCUGCGGGCGGCCAGCUACACUGGCCACAAAGAAUGGGUAAAGAAAGCCGGUCAGAUUUUGUCCGCCUUUUCAGAGAGGCUGUUGAAGAUUCCUGUGGUUCUCCCUGAGAUGGCUCGAGCCACCGCUGCUUUUCACCUGACCCAGAAACAGGUUGUUAUCUGUGGCGAUCCAAAAGGAGAAGACACCAGAGAGCUGCUGCAUUGUUAUUAUUCUACAUUCACUCCGAACAGGGUGCUGAUUUUUGCUGACGGGAACACAACAGGAUUCCCAUACCAGCAGCUUGGCUUCCUCUCGUCUCUAGAGAAGAAAAAUGGGAAAGCUACCGCUUAUCUGUGUGAGAACUUUGCCUGCUCCUUGCCUGUCACUUCGAGCCAAGAGUUGCGCUGUUUGUUGCUGUCCUGAGGAUGCCAUGCUUUGUGCCCCUUGCAUUUCAGUGAUCAAGAGGAAAGAGACCCCUACAUUUAAUAAGGCACCAUUUAGCUACUUGGCCCUCUCAAUAAAGUCGCCUUCAGACUAGCUUAGUUCUGGCCACUUUCAACUUGUCCCUUUGUGUUAUAAUAGCAUUUUCUCAUCUUUCAAUCCAAGGAGAUGCAUAGUCAGUGGACUUCAAAUUCACUCAAGGGGACUAACUGCCUUGGAAGGUGGUAGCCACUCCUUCUUUGGAAGUCUGUAAAUAUUGGAUGGGUGGGCAUCUUUCAGGGUGCUGUGCUUGUGUGUUGCUAUAUGACAGGGCUGGACAAGUGGACCUUGAGGUCCUUUCCAUUUCUUUAGAUUCCACGAGCUUUCAAGAUGUAGAGCAGUGAAAUCAUUGUUUGAAAUAAUUUGAUGGGAACUUGUGACAUCUCAGAUCUUGCUACAACUUUGACAUAAUACAGGGUGUUUGAUAAAAGAACUCCCUAUUCACCAUUUAAUUUAAAUGGUGAAUAGGGAGUUCUUUUUCAAACACCCUGUACUUAAUCCCAUUGAACAUGUCAAGUGUUUGUAAGUGUAGGUUUACCAUACAGUUCAGGCAUAUGGUUUGAAAUUAAAUGGAUAAUUUUCCUACCUCCAUCACACACUAGCAAACUAUCUGAUUUAUUCAGGAAUUCUCAAUUGAUUUGCCAUCACAUUGUAGAGAGUUGUUUCUUCCCCGCCCCGCCCCUGUUUUCUUUGUGAAAAGAAAUAUCUCUUCUCCUGGACUAUGAUUUUUGUUCCUGGGUUAUAAAUGUCAUUUCCUAAUUGGUUCUAUCAUAAACACAUAGGAAAAGUUUAUUAAACUGCAAAAACUUUGUCUUUGCAGGAGGGACAUCCUGCUAUAGCACAUUUUUCUCUUGUUUCUCAAUGAUCCUUCUCUCUCUCUCUCCUUCCCCGUGUUGGAAGUAAGAAGGAAAGAGGGAAGGAAGGAGAGGAGGAGAAAGGUAACACAUGGCACACACAACACACGGGAGGAAGGCCCCCAGAAAGGAACACUAUAUACUGCCAAUCUUCCCUCUGUGAGCAAAAGGUAAUGGUGGUGCUUUUUCUCAAAGGGGUAUUUUGGCUCCUCCCACAAAUUGCGUAACUAUCAUUUUAAAGUUGAGAACGAUGAAUACUGUCACAUGACGGAAUUGGCCAUUUUGCUCAUCUCUCUGGAUAAUUUCCAAAAAAGUCACUUGCCAACCAGCUCAGAAAGCAUCUGAAAAUAUAACCCUUUGCAACCCUUUGUAAACACCAAGAUAUCCCUUCCCUGCACUUGAAGCUUAUGUCAUGUGAUGAACACAAUAGGUUGCCAUUUCUUAAGCAGGUGGCUCAGUAUUAUUUAAUGAAUGUGAUGAAGUGGAGAGAAGGUUAUUCCUCUUUUUUGCAGGAAUUACGUCAUUUAGCUCCCAACCUUAAGUCACCUGACUCAAGGGCCAGGUUCCCUUUUUCCUGGAUGUCCAAGAUCUUUAAAUUUUGAUUUAGGGUUGUUUAGGGAAAUGAGCCAAGUCCUUUAAUUCCCACUUAGCUUGCCUGUGACAGUUUCACAAGGGGAAGCCCGUCCUGCUUCCAACAAUAAUAUUUCCAUGGAAGGACAUGUUUGACAACUUCUUCUUCUUUAUUCGUUCAGUCGUUUCUGACUCUUCGUGACCUCAUGGUUGUAAACUCUAGAUAUGUAUAUAUUCUGCAUUGGCUAUGCUGGUAUAUUCGAGUGGCAUAUGUAAGACAUGUGAGGUGUAGAGCAAUUCAUCUGAAAGGAACUAAAUACGGAAGAGUCAUAUUGAUUCUGAAAUGUAGCUUUCUUUGGUAACAUUUUUAUAGGUCUAAACAUGACUGUGUUGCUGGAGCAAAUGCUAGGGAGAAACAACAUGAGACAACCACCUCCAUUCUGCCUGCUGGGGACUUCAGCAGGUAUUUGGAGAUCCUGGGCUACAUGAAUUGCCUCCCCACUCUAGGGUUCUUAUUAUCCUAACUAAUGUGUGUUGUAAUUUUAAAAGAUAAGGAGAAAUAAUAUUUUGUGCAACUCUGGAGAAACCAUAGUGCAAAGUUAUGAUAUCCAAGACAGUUCCAUUCCAAAUGAAAUAGAUGGAUGGCACCAAUAUAUCUUAAUAAUUCAGAAAAUGCCUUGGCUAUAUCACCUCCCCUUGAACGGUAUAAGGCAAUAUCUGGUAAUGUAUAAUAGAAUCUUGACUUUCUUCCCCAUUUCUAAAUUAAAGAGCAGUUUCUUCCCAUAAAUUAGGAAGGGAAAACUGAAAAUGAAAGGGCAGUUAUCACAUACUUUGGGUCAGUAAUUGCACCCUUAAAGACCUGUACCUACUGCAUUAUUUUCCUGAUGUGACAGUACUUCUUUUUUGUAUUAUAUCUGUUCAGAAUCUUCUAUGAAACUACCCAGAUUCACAAUAAGAAUAUUUUAUUAAUAUAAUUAUUCUGACAAAAUAGAUGUAAAUAAAUUGGCUUAAUGUGAGUAUAAUUUAAAAACAUAUUUUGUAGAACCUGUUUGGUUUAUAGAAUUUAAAGAACACACAACUUUAAAGCAUAGAGCUAGGGAAUACUUUUUGUCUCUGCAGUACUAAAAGAUUAAUCAUAGCUGAUACAGAACCCCAGUGAGGAGCCCAGUGACUGUCUUUCUGUGGAGACAGGAAAAGAUAAUUUGCAAUAGCAUCAUUUAUGGUUUUCUUUCUCUUGUGAAGUCCAUCUUUUUCAAAACAUAGAAGUGUUACUUUUAUACUUCAUCUCCCAGAAUUAAUCAGCUAAUAUGUUGGGUAUUAUGGGAGAUGUAGUCCAAAAAGUAAUUUUUCAAGGCUUGAGUGUAUGUUUGUGUAUGUAUGUGGGUGUACACCUUCAAGUUGCCUAUCAACUUAUAGAGACACAAUAAAUUUUAUAAGGUUUUAGUAGGCAAGGAAUACUGGGUUUGCUCAUUCCUUUCCUUCUUCUUUUACUCUUCACUUCUACUUGGGCUCCUCCAUUUUUGCAUUUCCAUACCUUUCCUUAAACCCUGUUGGUUCAAAAUGGGCUCAAUGUAUUUGAUUUAAAAAGUCCUUGAAGUCAUCAGUUCAUCCAGCACAAGGGUAUAACCUACUGUGCCACCUCUUAUCAUUAGCAUCUCAGGACAAUCUGGAAAAAGUAGGGAGUGCUGAUGUCAUUUUCCAUGUAAGAUGACAAUUAACUCUUAAUAAACAAGUCAUUUUCACUUAUGGAUGAGCAAUUCUCCAAAGUGCUACCCCAACUGAGGCCUUUGAAUGGUGCCGCUGGUUAUGCUAGAGAAGUUUUAACUAGAAUCAGAGAUGUGGAACCAGCACAAAGGCUGACAUGUGAAACCAAGAAGCUUUGCACUUCAGCAGAGUAGAGCAUGCUGCUGUUCUGAUUGUUCCCCAUGGCAAUGUCGGGGCUGUAGAGACUGAAUUAUUCAACAUCUUUACCUAUGGUGGAGCUGAAUUUGCCCUUCAUCCAAGUGACAGCUCUCUUGUUCCCUUUAAUUUUCCCACGUCAGAUAUGCAGGAGUUGCCAGGAAUCAAUAUUCUGCUUGUGCCAAAGGAAAGGAAGGUUGGGAAGGAGGUAUGCAUGUGUCACUUUCUGAAGUGAAAGAAGCUAUUUUAGGGUGCUUGUGGGAUAUGCAAAACCGAUCCAUAAUAAAACCCUUGGGUGCUGCUA